AUGGACUCAAUCCAAAGUCUCAAGAGCGAUUACCCAUGGAUCGAAACCCCCCUUGUCGUAGGAGCGCCUAUGCGACUCAUCGCUCUGGCUGAUCUGGCUGUAGCCAUCUCGAAAGCUGGGGGCAUCGGCUUCAUCGGCGCCGGCACAGAUGUAUCAGACUUGGAGUCGUACUUGCAGGAUGCUACUAGAUUGAUCAAGGACACCAAUCUCAAAACCACAAACGGUACACUUCCAGUCGGCGUAGGCUUCAUCAACUGGGGCGCCGACCUCUCUGCCGCACUGCCUCUCAUCAAAAAGUUCAAGCCUGCUGCUGUGUGGUUUUUCGCGCCUUCAUCCAUCGCCGCGCUGGCUGAAUGGACAAGCAAGUACAGAGAAGCGAGUCCGCAAACCAAGGUCUGGGUGCAGAUAGGCAGUGUACGAGAAGCGCUCGAUGUUGUGAAGGAGGUAAAGCCGGAUGUGCUGGUUGUCCAGGGUACAGAUGCGGGUGGUCACGGGUUGGCGCAAGGCGCAGGGCUGAUCUCGCUGCUGCCGGAAGUGCACGAUACUGUUUCUACUCAAGUGCCGGAUAAGAAGGGAAGACCAAUUCUUGUAGCAGCGGGAGGUAUUGCCGACGCACGCGGCUUAUCCGCCACACUCAUGCUAGGCGCAAGCGGCGUAGUAAUGGGUACGCGUUUCCUCGUGUCCCACGAAGCCGUCAUCGCGAAAGGCUACCAGGACGAAGUCCUACGCACUUCUGACGGCGGGCAAACGACUGUCCGGACUAAGGCCUGGGACAAUGCACGCGGUACUACGGGCUGGGCGGAGACGUAUAAUGGCAGGGGUAUCAUUAAUAAGACGUAUACGGAUGCCAUGGAGGGUGUGGGGAAUGAGGAAAAUAAGAUGCUGUAUGAAAAGGACGUGGAGAAGGGGGAUGAGGGGUGGGGUGUAAAGGCGAGGUUGUGUACGUAUGCGGGAAGUGCGGUGGGGUUGGUGAAGGAGCUUAAGGGUGCGGGGGAGAUUGUGAGGGAGGUGAGGGAGGGGGCGAGGGCUAGGUUG